UCAGUUAUCUAUCUAACCAGUUGGUCUACGGUUGUCCAACUGAUCGUGUACAAUUAUUAAAUUAUAUUUUUCUUAUCAUUUAUUUUGUUUUAGUCUAAUCUAAAUGUGGGGUACUUUAUUGCUAAGUGCAUUUAUUUUACUAUUAAUAUGGGAUUAUUUCAAUAAAAAACAUCGUAAUGAAAUAUUAAGAAAGUCCAAUAUUUAUGGUGGAUUUACACUGCCCUUAAUUGGAGGCGCUUUGCGUAUGGUGGGCGCUAACUCAGAAAAUAUCAUCGAUCGUUUGCGUUUAUUCGUAAAGGAAAAUGGCAAAGUCUUUCACACUUGGGUUUUGCAUCAACUGGUUGUGUUUUGUGCUGAUCCUAAGAUCUUGGAAUCUUUGCUAAGCAGCCCGGUGCAUAUAACAAAGAACAAUGUAUAUGAUAUGUUGUCUUUAUGGUUGGGAGAUGGUUUGCUCAUGAGCACAGGGAAAAAGUGGCACACACGACGUAAGAUUAUAACUCCCAGUUUUCAUUUUAAGAUUUUGGAAGAGUUCGUGGAUAUCUUUGAUCGCCAGACAAAGGUUAUGAUAAAACAAUUGAACGCGAAAGUCAAAGAUGAAAAUACGCCAAUUGAUAUGUUCCCAGUGGUGUGUUUAACAGCCUUGGAUAUCAUAGCUGAAACGGCAAUGGGAGUACAGGUUAAUGCUCAGUCGGAUCCAAAUAUUGGAUAUGUGCAAUCGGUUAAAAUCGUAACCGAAAUCAUCUCAACUCGCCUACGAAAACCUCACUGGCGCACAGAUGGCAUGUUUAAGCUCUUUGCUCCUCACGUCUAUCAAAACAUGAUAAAACAUAUAAAUCUAAUGCAAAACUUUACCAAAGACGUUAUCGAAAAACGUAGAGAUGCCUUAGAAAGCAUACUCAAAAAUUCAGAUUCGCAAAAAUCUAAAGAAACCGAAGAAGAUCUUGACAUAGGAGUUAAAAAACAUAUGGCACUUCUUGAUAUUCUACUACAGGCCACGGUAGAUAGUAAACCCUUAAGCAAUGAGGAUAUACGUGAAGAAGUGGAAACGUUUAUGUUUGAGGGACAUGAUACCACAACUUCUGGAACUUCGUUUGCUUUAUAUGUUAUUUCUCGACAUCCGGAAGUACAAAAGAAACUAUUUGAUGAAAUAAGAGAAGUUAUAGGAGAUUAUAAAGAGCAGGCGGCUUCGUAUAAACAAUUGCAGAAUCUGCGCUAUAUGGAUUGUGUUUUAAAAGAAUCCAUGAGAUUAUACCCACCAGUACCUAUUAUAGGACGAUAUUUUAAAGAGGAUACUGAUCUCAAUGGCUUUCUUAUACCCGGUGAUUGUCAUUUGAAUGUACCCCUAUUUGUGGUAUUACGUGAUCCUGACUAUUUUAAAGAUCCCAACGAUUUUAAACCUGAACGUUUUUCUUCCGAAAAUGCAGAAGACAUAUACCCAUUUGCUUAUACACCCUUUAGUGCUGGACCACGCAAUUGUAUUGGUCAAAAAUACGCCAUGUUGGAAAUGAAAAGUGUUAUUAGUAAAAUUUUACGUCAUUAUGAAUUGUUACCCAUUGGGCCGGAAGUAGUACCGCUUUUAAGUUUGAUUUUACGUUCUAAAACUGGUGUACAAAUGGGCUUAAAGAAGCGAGUAUAUGAAUAGUAUUAUUUUUAUCAUAUAUAUUAACCGUUGAAUAGAAAACUAAUGGUAGAUUCAAAUUGUUUAGAAAAUAAAAUUUUAUAACAUAAUUUUGUUAAUGAAUAUGUAUAUUUUAAAAUCUUU